AUGGGACUCCCACCCAAACAAACUGAACCUGAACCUGAACCUCAACCUGAACCUCAAAUUCAACCUCAAAAUGUGCCUCAACCUGAAAUUGAUUAUGAUUCAGAGGGUACAGAUGAGGAUGAUGAUGAGUUAGCCACUGCUAGGUUUAAGAUAUCUGAUGAUAUGAGAAGGGAAAAGGCUUAUUUUGAGGAGUUAGUAAUGCUGAAAAAACUAGCAGAAAGUAAAGUAGAAGACAGCCCUAGUGAGUCAGAAGAUGAGGAUGAUGUUGGUUACUUAGUUGCACCGCAACACCAUAAGAGGGGGAGAGGGAAACAGAAGCAAAACAACACUGAAACUGAAGAGAGGGAAGCCACUUUUGAUGUUGGGCAACAGUUUGUGAAUCCAAAGACAUUUAGGAAAGCAAUCAUAGAUUAUUCAAUUGAUAAAGGAAGAAACAUUCCAUUUUCUAAAAAUGAUUCCACUAGGGUUUGUGCAGAGUGUGAGCACAAAGAUAAAGGUUGUAAAUGGAGAAUUUGGGCUUCAUGGGAUAGAGGAAGAAGGUCAUUUACAGUGAAAACAUUUGUCAGUGAGCACACUUGUGGUAGGACACCUAUCAUUAAGAAGAUGACUUCACAUUGGAUUGCAGAACACUACCAGAAUCUGUUUAAGGUUAACCCUUACAUGAGAGUGCAAGAUAUUCAGGAAACCAUUUGGUUAGAAAAGGGUAUAAGGGUGAGCAAAGACAAGGCUGCCAGGGCUAGGAGAAGGGGUCAAGCACUCAUUGUUGGUGAAUACAAAGAGCAGUAUGCAUUACUCCCAAGGUAUGCAGCUGAGAUACUAAGAAGCAAUCCAGGGAACACAGUGAAGUUGAAGUUGGAUGCAAAUGUGUUUGACAGACUGUAUUUGUGUUUUGAGGCACUUAGGAAAGGGUUCUUGGCAGGAUGCAGACCUUUUAUAUCACUUGAUGGAUGUUUCUUAAAGGGACCAUUUGGGGGUCAAUUGUUAGUAGCAGUAGGGAGGGAUGGAAACAAUCAAAUAUUCCCUUUGGCUUGGGCUGUUUGUGAGGUUGAGAGCACUGACACAUGGAGUUGGUUUCUAGAACUUCUAGCUACUGAUUUAGGCACUAGUGAAGGAGCAGGGUACACAUUCAUGUCUGGUCAACAAAAAGGUUUACUUGCUGCUGUGUCAAAUGUGUUUCCACAAGCUGAAAGUAGGGUGUGUGCAAGGCAUGUGUACUGUAACUUUAGGGGAGUGUUUGGAGGUGGUUUAGAGUACAGAAAACAAUUCUGGACUAUUGCAAAAAGCAACACAGUAAAUCACUUCAAUGAAAACAUUGAAGUAAUGAGGGGUAUUUCACAUGAAGCUGCUGAAGACCUACUGAAAAGGAACUACAAGAAAUGGUGUAGGGCAUUCUACACUCCAUUAUCUUGUUGUGACAGUGUAGACAACAACAUGAGUGAGGUGUUUAAUGCAUACAUCUUGAGUGCAAGGCACAAGCCUAUUAUUACCAUGUUGGAAGAUAUCAGAGAGGGUUUGAUGGAAAGACUGCAUAAGAAAAGAGAUUUCAUUGGGAAAAAGGAGAUAAUGUUGUGUCCUAGGAUCCAAAUUCAGUUAGAGAAACACAAAAUUUGGGCUAGGGGGUGGAAUGCAUACUGGGAUGGUGGGUUUUGCUAUGGAGUAAGAGAAGGUGCAACACAGGUUAAGUAUGUGGUGGAUCUAAACCAACAUACUUGCAGUUGCAAUGCAUGGCAGACCUACAUGAAGGCAUAUGAAUUUUUGUUAGAGCCUUUAAAUGGUCCUCAAGAGUGGCCUACUUCUGAUAGCAUUGUUGUGGCCCCAAAGGUUGUUCUAUGA